CCAGUAAAAGUCAGCAGGGAUCCAGGUCACAAUCCAAAGCCCCAUCACCCUCCAUCAGUGCUCUUUUCCACAAAUCCUCCCAGGUAACUAGCUUCAUGAAGGUUUCUGGUUGACACAUUCCCAUUCCUCGGAGCCCUUGGGAAGGGUAAUCUGCAGGUCAGUCACCUUUAUUGCAGAAUUACAGUAAAAAAAUCAACAGGCCCUAAAUGAGUAUCCAGCCAAGAACAAUGCUCCUGUGCCUUCAGAGUCCGAAUCUGAUCAUGGUUGUGGGCUAACUCCUAGUGGCCAGGUUGUCAUGAUGCGACAUUUCAGGGGCUGAGUGAUUUCAUUCAUCCAUUCCAACAAAAACUCACUCAACACCUAGCAGGUGCUGGGAGGGAGUCAGACAGACCAGGUCCCUGGCCCCACUGGGCCUAGACGGGGGUGACGGCACCACCACAACCACAAAAUCAGACCUAUAAAUAGAUCAACGAGGAAGGCUGUGAAGGCAUAGAACAGGACGAUUGCAGGAGAGGGUGGGACAGAGGAUGGGCUUUUGUGAGCAUAAAGCCUGAGUUAGGGAUGAACAGGCAUGUUGAGACAAGGAGACCCUGAGCCCGGCAUGGUGGAACCGAAGUCAGUGAAGUACAAGGAGCUCAGCAUUGUUGGCCGAGGAGGGCGGCCCGCGUUUGGUGGGGGACUGCACUAAACCAGCUCCCUGGAUUGCCGCAGAAAUGUCCCACAGGAAAAUGCACCUGGCUCUCUCUCUGGCCCUCAUCCUCUGUGGCCUUUUUAAUAGCAUCUUCUGUCAAGUGAAACAAAGAUCCAAAUGGAGCAUUUACCCAGUCUCGUCAUGGGAAGUUUCACCUGUCCACCACAAGAUCGAAGCUGGCAAUAAGGCUUUUGCUCACAAAUUGUUCAAAACCCUGUUAAUGGAGCAUCCCAGAAAGAAUAUCAUCUUCUCCCCUCUGAGUAUCUCUGCCUCCUUCGCCAUGCUUUCCCUGGGGACCAGAUCCACAACGCUCACCAACCUCCUUGAGGGCCUUGGAUUUGACCUCAAAGUCAUCAAGGUAUGGGACGUGCACCAUGGCUUCCAGAGCGUCAUCCAGAUGCUGAAGCAGCUAAAUAGGGCAGGCCACCUGAUGCAUAGGGACAUGCUCUUUAUUGAUAGCAAUAGGAAGAUCAACUCACCGUUUCUGUGGGACACACAGGCGAUGUAUGAUGUGAGGGCCCGGAUGAUUGACUUCCGAGAUGUAGUAAAGACCAAAAAGCAAAUCAAUCACUUUGUGGCUGAAAAAACGCACAAGAGAACCAAGGAACUCAUCACCUCUCUGAACCCUCAUACUUUCUUGUUUCUUGUAGACUACGUUUUCUUCAAAGGCACUUGGGAAAUGGCUUUUCAUAGCAACCUCAUGCACAAGGAGGACUUCUUUGUGGAUAAGCACACCACAGUGCCGGUGGACAUGAUAUGGAAGACGGGACAAAUGAUUUACAGCCGAUCGGAGGAGCUGUUUGCUACAAUGGUUAAAAUUCCUUUCAUUGGAAACAUGUCCAUAGUCCUUGCGCUCCCAGACGUGGGACAGCCUGACUCUGCUGUAAAAGAAAUGGUUGUUCAGAGAGCUACACUCCUGAAAUCCAGUAAUAUGAGAUGGGUGCACAUAAUUAUGCCCAAGUUCAAGAUCUCCUCCAAGAUAGACUUAAAAAAAAUUCUUCCCAAGAUGGGCAUCAGUAAUGUGUUUACUACAGGAGCAAACUUCUCAGGCAUCACAAAGGAGGAUUUCCCAACUAUUUUUGAGGCGAUGCAUGAAGCCACAAUGGAGGUGAGCAAGGAAGGCAAGAUGGACACCUCCAAGGACAUGGACUCAAGGAACACCAUCGCCUGUCACACAUAUACAGCAACCCCUUUGGUUGUAAAAUUCAACAGACCUUUCUUCCUGUUUGUGGAGGAUUGGAUGACUCAAAGAGCAAUCCUCAUGGGCAAAGUCUUCAACCCCACAGCUGAGUAAAAAUGGGGCCGGGCUCCACAGAGUUGGAAUUCAGCUGUUC